AUGAGGUGGUUAUUCUUCAUUCACUGCUUGUAUUCACAGUUGAAUGCGAGGAACAAGUCUGCAGCUAAAGAAUGCUGGUUGAGGACUGCACUCUGCCUGGAAGCACUAAUGGAUGCAAUACGAGAGGAUGUCUCUGUGCUGACCAUUCUUUCAGAAGUGCUGUGCCUUUUAGACAUGAUGGUGAAUUCAUUUGCUCACACGAUAUCAACGAAACCAGUUGGUAGAUAUACUAGACCUAAUUUUACAUGUGAUGGCCCAUUGGCAAUUGAUUCUGGACGGCACCCCAUUCUGGAAAGCAUAAACAAUGAUUUGAUUCCAAAUGGUAUCUUUCUUUCUGAAGCAUCAAAUAUGGCUAUUGUAAUGGGCCCAAACAUGAGUGGAAAAAGUACUUAUCUUCAGCAAGUUUGUUUAACUGUCAUCCUUGCUCAAAUUGGUUGCUAUAUUCCUGCUCGGUUUGCCACUUUGAGAGUGGUCGAUCGUAUUUUUACAAGGAUGGGAACAAUGGACAGUCUCGAAUCAAACUCUAGCACGUUCAUGACAGAGAUGAAGGAGACGGCUUUUAUAAUGCAAAAUGUCUCUCCUAGAAGUCUGAUCGUAAUGGAUGAAUUGGGGAGGGCGACUUCGUCCUCUGAUGGAUUUGCAGUCGCAUGGAGCUGUUGUGAGCAGCUAUUGGCACUUAAAGCGUACUCAAUAUUUGCUACUCAUAUGGAAAAUCUUUCAGAGCUAGCCACCAUGUAUCCGAAUGUGAAAAUUCUUCAUUUUGAUGUUGAUGUGAGGAAUAACCGCAUGGACUUCAAGUUUCUAUUGAAGGAUGGACUGCGUCACGUGCCACAUUACGGCCUUAUGUUAGCAGGGGUAGCUGGACUACCAAGUUCAGUAGUAGAAACUGCCAAAAGAAUCACAUCUAGGAUUAAAGAGAAGGAAAUGAAGAGAAUGGAGGUGAAUUACAGACAGUAUCAGGACAUACAAUUGACUUACCAAGUGGCUCAACGGCUGAUGUGCUUGAAAUUUUCUGAUCAGGAUGAAGAUUCUUUGAGGGAUGCUCUGCAGGACCUCAAAGAAAGCUACUUAAGUGGUAGGCAUAAAGAUAACUAGAAUUUACUCCUCAUAUCUUUCUUCUAACAUCAAGACUCUGAUCUGUAUAUGCAUCCGGAUAUCCUGGACUAAGAAAAUACGUUCAUCGAGAUAACUACUUAAGAGAAAGCGGAAUUCUGAUUUUUUGUUGAUUUCUAGUGAUGAAUUUGAGUUAACACAGAGUUGGUCUA